AACGCAGGAACAUCAUGUGGUCCUGGCUUGGCGCUGUCGCUGAAUCAAACGGCUUGGAUCGUGGUAGGUGCUGUGUCACACAAGCAGCCACAGUUUACGUCUGUUCAAUUGUAAUGCGGCAUCCACUCAGGACAGGAUAGUGACUGUGCGAACUCUGAGAGACGCGCUACUUUGUUUAUUUCUACCGACUUGACCUCGGGAUGUGAAGUAAAGCUGUUACCAGAUUUCAAAGAACUAUUUGCACACUAAUACAUUUGAUUUAUUGUCGUGGGGAAUAAGACGAAUAUUUGAAAAUGAACCCUCCGUGUGCGCGCUGUGGGAAAAUUGUCUAUCCGACGGAGAAAGUCAACUGCCUUGAUAAGAAUUGGCAUAAAGGAUGCUUCCACUGCGAGGUGUGUAAGAUGACUCUGAACAUGAAGAACUACAAAGGCUAUGAUAAGAAGCCCUACUGCAAUGCGCAUUACCCGAAGCAGUCCUUCACCAUUGUGACUGACACCCCAGAGAACCUGAGGCUGAGACAUCAGAGUGAGUUACAGAGCCAGGUGAAAUACAAAAAGGACUUUGAGGAUAGCAAAGGCAGGGGCUUCAGCAUUGUAUCGGACACGCCAGAGCUGCAGAGACUGAGGAAGACACAGGAGCAGAUCAGUAAUGCAAAGUACCACGAGGACUUUGAGCGGACGAGGGGCCGAGGCUGCACCCCAGUGAUGGAGGACCAAAACAUGGAGAGAAUGCACCACCGGAACAACCUGAUGAUGAGCGAAGCAGCCUACAAGGGAGUACACCCACAGGUGGUAGAGAUGGACAGGAGACCUGGAGGCAUCAUCGUAGACCUUGAGGAUCAGUGGAUGGACCCAGGCUCCAUCUUUGACUUUGACCUUGUGCAGGAUAACGUUGAGUCUAAAAGUUUUCAGAGACUGUCUGCUCCUGUGCUACCUGGGGCGUACCAUCAGAGUGCCCAGCCGCAACAGCCGGGGUACGGCUACAUGCACCAGACCAGCAUAUCGUCUGUGAGGUCUCAGCAGUCCCCCCCAUCUGUCACCAUGAGAGUUUACCGGGCGCUCUACGACUACGCAGCGCAAGACCACGACGAGGUGUCCUUCCGCGACGGGGAUGUCAUCGUCAACGCUCAGCCCAUCGAUGAGGGCUGGAUGUACGGCACCGUUCAGAGGACCGGCAAAUCAGGCAUGCUCCCUGCCAACUACGUGGAGUGCUUCAACUAAGGGCCGCAUCUCAAUAGUCUUUAAGUGAUUUCCUUUCCUCUCCCCUUGUCUCCUCUCCUCCAUCAGCACUGAUGUGAAAACAAAAAGAUUGGAUAGGCGGAAGGGAUAAGGUGGACUGGAUGCCUACUGGGAAAUUGACUUCCACCAGUUCUUUUAAUUUCAUUUCAGUACAGUUGAAGGAGAGGAGAUGAGGAAAGGAGGCCAUUCUAGAUUAUUGAAAUGCACCCAAGGGGCUAGCCUUACCAUGGUUUGGUGGAGUCCUCUCCCCAAGUUUCUGUUUGAAGCCUGGUCCUGGAGGCCUACUGUACAUGAGCAGAGAUAAAGGAACUGGGUGAUGUUGUUCAGUUUGCUCUGUCUAGACUACAGACCCAAACUAUCAUAGCUACUGUACAUUACCCGCUGAAAAUGGUAAUGGAAAAAUGUAUCAUGUAAUAAUACAUUUUACUUUUGGUUUAAUUUAAAGCAUUGGUGGCUUGUCCCACGUGAACAGUUAAUGAAAAAAUAUAUAUAUAAUUCAAUCAGAGAAUUGUAACCCUCAAAUAGACAACAUAAAGCAGACAAAAAAUGACCUAUUCAAUGGAAUACAUUUACCACUUUCUGGGAGAAGUCGAAAACAUCAUGAUUCCCACAAUAGAAACCACAUUUGAAUUCGUUAAGCAGUUUCUAAUUGUUUCACACAAACGUUGUGUUGACUUCAUGAUUCCAAAUGUGCAUUCUUGCAGCACAAGAACAAUAAUGUUUUCGACUUAUCCUGGAAAAGCAGUUAGUGGGUUUGCUUGAAUAGCGCCCAACCCAGUCCUCCAGCACCGGAAUAGGGAGGGACCCGCUUUCUUCUUGUACUCCUUUGUAUUUCAAUUAUUAUAUUUUGCAUUUGGACAUCAAUAUUAACCUUGUUUCAUGUACAAAUUAGGGGAGAGGGAGUGAAGGAGAAAUGAACUUUUCAGGACAAUCCUGAGCGAUUGCCAGACAGUCAGCUGUUUAGCUUAUGUUAUAUCAUUAACACGCUGCUUCAUUCUGUUUCGGUCUGAUGACAUAAAGGUUUAAACCAGCUCCACAAGUAAAUAUAGUUGAUACAAACUAUAAUCGAGUCAUACCAUCUCACCUCUUGCUUUGAGUUCAGUGGAGUGUCAAAUACCACACAGGCUUUAAUUAGAUUAUGUCCUCUUAGCGCUAACUAGCAACAUGGUUGUCAUAAAUUGCCAUGUAAACAGUGUCAAGUCAGAAUGAUAUAUGAAGUUGGAUUGUAAAUCUUAAGAUUUCUAAACUAUUGUGAACACUUUUGAUUCAUAAGCGCCUGUAAAAAAAACACUAAUGACAGAACACUCUUGGAAAAAAGGGCUCCAAAAGGGUUCUUCGGCUUCGAACCCUUUUUGGUUCCAGGUAGAACCCUUUUUGGUUUCAGGCAGAACUCUUUGGGGUUCUGUGUUGAACCCUCUGUGGAAAGGGUUCUACCUGGAACCAAAAAUGGUUAUUCAAAGGGUUCUCCUAUGGGGACAGCCAAAGAACCCUUAUUGGUUCUAGAUAGCACCUUUUCUUCUAAGAGUAUACAUGUAUUUUGUGCAUGUUAUAAAUGGUUUAUAAUAUCUUAAGGCAUGCAAAAUCCAUGCACACUAUUGUGACCAUUCAAGGACUUCAUUUCCGGGUACAUGGUAGCUGGGGAUUCUCUCUUUACUGUGGUUUUGUACAUUACAUUUUAUUACUGAAUGUGGUAACAAAUGAAAAUGUUGUGAAAUUCUAAUAUUUAUUGGCCUUUAAGAGACAACAACGGAACAGCAAGAAACAUCAAGCUUGGUGUGUUGCUGAUACAAUUUAUAAAGCCUUUUUUGUCCAAAGGUUUUUGCUUCUAGUAGUUCCGUUUUUUUUAACUGUCUCUUUAAAAAAUGUUUACUCAGUUUGUACGCCAACACCGAGUUUUAGUGAGGUGUCACUUUUUCCUCAGUUAACCAUUUGUUACAUUUUUUGGGGGUCAUUAAUUGCAGUGUGUCACGAGAAAAAUAAAAACACUUUGUCGACAA